UUCGAUGGAUUUGAAAUUGAAUUGCAUACCACGCUCCUGCGCCACAGCCAGUUGCUGCGAAGCAGAAAUAUGGCGGAAGACAAAGUAUCAACAACAGAUUCAACUGAAAUUAAGAAAGAAGUCGAACCAAAGCAAGCACAAAAUGAAGAGGAUGGUGAAAGUGGCGAAGAACAACCAUUAGAUAUUGGCGAACAUUAUGUUGUUCAGCGUUCAGACGAGACUUGGCAUCCCGCUGAAAUUAUUCAAACACGUUUCAAUGAUACCGAGCAACAGUAUGAAUACUAUGUGCAUUAUGAAGGACUUAAUAGAAGAUUGGAUGAAUGGGUUCCAAGAUCCAGGGUAAUGUCAUCUCAAUUUAAUAUGGAUGCAAAGAUGAGUGAAAAAAUGUGGAAAGAGAUACCAGUUGCUUCAGAUGUUCUGACAGACACUGAUCGGAAAAUUACGAGAAAUCAAAAGAGGAGGCAUGAUGAAAUUAACCAUGUACAAAAAACGUAUGCAGAGAUGGAUCCCACAACUGCAGCUCUUGAAAAGGAACAUGAACAGAUAACAAAAGUUAAAUAUAUUGACAGAAUUCAAAUUGGGCGAUUUGAAAUUGACACUUGGUAUUUUAGUCCAUACCCUGAAGAGUAUGGGAGUCAAAAUAAACUUUGGAUAUGUGAAUAUUGCUUAAAGUACAUGAGGCUCGAAAAAAGUUACCGGUAUCAUAUGGGCGAGUGUACAUGGAGGCAACCAGUGGGUAAAGAGAUUUAUAGGAGAGGAACACUAUCAGUUUAUGAAGUGGAUGGUAAAGAUCAUAAGAUUUAUUGUCAAAACUUGUGCUUACUUGCAAAGUUGUUUUUGGAUCAUAAAACAUUGUAUUUUGAUGUGGAACCAUUUUUGUUUUACAUUUUGUGUGAAGUGGACAAGCAGGGAGCACAUAUUGUGGGAUAUUUUUCGAAGGAAAAGGAAUCUCCCGAUGGAAAUAAUGUUGCCUGCAUCUUAACACUACCGCCGUAUCAACGACAAGGUUACGGCAAAUUACUUAUAGCGUUCAGUUAUGAACUGUCGCGAAGAGAAGAGACUGUGGGCAGUCCGGAACAGCCGCUUAGUGAUCUGGGCAAGCUUAGUUAUCGAAGUUACUGGAGCUGGGUGUUGCUAGAAAUUUUACGCGACUUUCGCGGCGGCACUCUGAGCAUAAAGGAUUUAAGCCAGAUGACAAGCAUCACACAAACGGACAUCAUUUAUACGUUGCAAUGUAUGAACAUGGUCAAGUAUUGGAAAGGACAACAUGUUAUUUGUGUGACGCCCAAGUUGGUGGAGGAACAUAUCAAAUCGAGUCAAUACAAACGCCCACGACUUUGCGUGGACAGUGGUGCGUUGAGAUGGACACCUAGGCGGCAUAACAAAGUUGGUGCCAAGAAAUAACUAAGACGCUUCGUAAUUUAUUGAUGAACCGAAGAAUUUAAAUCUAUAUGUUACGAAUUUCUCAUAACAUAAUGUCAAAACACAAUUCAUUUUAAAAUAAAACUACAUGAACACAAA